UAUAGAAUCGAACAUGCAUUUCCUGAAAUGCGUAGAUCGGCGUGCCAAGUCCCGUUAAUCGGCAGUGUCACUAAAAAUACAAUAAUAGAGCCGUGGUUGCCUCACAGUCGAGUGUGUGGCGGCAGCGUUGCCCUCUAGUUGCCGGAGCCGGCCGGCUGUAGUAGGUGGUGCAGUGUCGUGUGUAGCUGUAGUAUAGUGGAGUAUACUACUCUCACAGUGUAGUAGUAGCCAGGGGCAACGAUCUCGCGGUAUCACUAGGUUAAUGGGUUAAUGCUCAAUAUCGGCAGUUCAAUUACUUCUCACUACAAGUACUAUUGGUCGAGUUGCAUAAACAUAGCUACAAUGUUGAUUACACGAGCUGUGCGCCGAUGCUGAUCUGCGGAGCGGACACAUCUCGAUAUGGCUGCAGUCAGACAUCGGAUGAUCGGAGUUCUCAGCAAGCUCAGCACUUACAGCAGCACGUAUGUCGGCUUCAGCACUCUCACUCGCAGACGUGAGGCAGUGUACAGUGUGUGCCACAAGUGUACUGUGCUGGCCGAAACAUGCUCCAGUGUACGGCCAGAGGUAGGAGGGAAGCGUCACCUCCUCUCCAACAAUGGCGGGGGUAUGAGUCUCGUCAACAAGGUGAGUACAGUCUUUCCAGCAUACAGUCUUGCAUACAGAGUUUCGAGUAGUAACUAUAGUAGGGGCCACGAAAGAAUUGUUUGUGAUGCUGAAAAAUUGGCCAUGCGGAUGAACCACAGAGGAGCAUGUGCCUGCAACAAUGACACAGGAUAUGGAGCUGAAAUGCUCAACAAGUUCAACAGAAGAUGA